CUAUCUACCUAUACGUCUUAUAGGAUGGUGUCUACCUAUACGUCCUAUAAGAUAGUGUAUACCUAUACGUCUUAUAAGAUAGUGUCUACCUAUACGUCUUAUAAGAUAGUGUCUACCUAUACGUCCUAUAAGAUAGUGUCUACGUAUAUGUCCUAUAGGAUAGUAUUUACCUAUACGUCUUAUAAGAUAAUGUCUACCUAUACGUCUUAUAAGAUAGUGUCUACCUAUACGUCUUAUAAGAUAGUGUCUACCUAUACGUCUUAUAAGAUAGUGUCUACCUAUACGUCUUAUAAGAUAGUGUCUACCUAUAUGUCCUAUAGGACAGUAUUUACCUAUACGUCCUAUAAGAUAGUGUCUACCUAUACGUCUUAUAAGAUAGUGUCUACCUAUACGUCUUAUAAGAUAGUGUCUACCUAUACGUCUUAUAAGAUAGUGUCUACCUAUACGUCUUAUAAGAUAAUAGUGUCUACCUAUACGUCUUAUAAGAUAGUGUCUACCUAUACGUCUUAUAAGAUAGUGUCUACCUAUACGUCCUAUAAGAUAGUGUCUACCUAUACGUCCUAUAAGAAAGUGUCUACCUAUACGUCUUAUAAGAUAGUGUCUACCUAUACGUCUUAUAAGAUAGUGUCUACCUAUACGUCUUGA